UUUCUUCCAACGAGUCAAGCAACACUGGUAUAAACACAGCCGCGAACACGUUUUCUCCCGUUGCUGCGUUCGCAUUCAGAGUCAACGCAUAGUCUUCGGCAUGUCAGAAUCCGAGACCGAAGAACCUGUUGUCGGGAACGAAGGUUGGGCAGAUGUACUUGGUAAGGUGCUUCGAAGCAAGGCACCGAAGAAAAAGACAUUGGUGCUCGCAAAAGCAAGAAAAGAUGGCCAGACGAAGAAGGCACCAGAACCAAGCAUCGAAAUUGUCGACGUGGAAGGUGAUGUGAAGGUAGAGGAAGAGCAGAAAGCGAAAGAGGUGGAACCCGAAUAUCUUACAAAGAAGCAAUUGAAGGAGCGCAAAGAUAGGAAACGCAAGUGGGAAGCAUUGUGCCGAGCCAAGCCAGGCGCGGCUGAACAGCACGAACAGCACCUGCGGAGAAUUGCUACCAAAGGUGUUGUCCAGCUGUUCACAGCAGUGGAAAAGCACCAGAAAGAUGUACAAAGGAAACUCAGCGCCGCGGGCGAAUCGGAAACGAAACGUGAUAAGGUCAUGAAAUCCUUGAACAGGGGGGCCUUCCUGGACUUGCUGAAGCCGAAAGAGGUACAGAAGAAAGAAGAACCCAAAGCGUGGAGCGUUCUCCGUGAUGACUUUAUGCUCGGUGCAAACAUGAAAGACUGGGAUAAGCAAGAUGAUGAACCCACAUAAGUGCGCUUGUUAUACAAAAAUAGGCUAUCAACUUAUAAAAAAAAUUUUAAAAAAUC